AGAAUCAUGCCAGAAUCGACAUCAUUAUCAUAUAUUACCAAUGGGUCUUUUAUUCAUCAUAUCUAUUAAAUUUCUGAGGACCAAGCACGAACUUGUAUCGUCAUCCACAAAUUUUGUAUGGAAAGAGCCAGUUGUUCUUACGUCCGGUAGGGGCACUGCUUACCUACUUUUCAUCGAAUCUGUCGAUGCGAGACGCGAUAGGAUGACGGAGCUGUCGCCUCUGAUGAUAUUCAAAAUUUGUACAAAAGAAGCAGAGGAAUACAUAUGACGAUGGUAAUCAAAUGAUAUUUUGCGUUGCCUCGGGUGACAUUAUCUGUAUGGAUCGUAAUUAACUCUUUUCUAUUACAGCAAACACUGCGCAGUAUGCACACUACGUUUUUAACACAUUAGACCAAGAUAGAAGUGGCCUGUUAAGUUUUGAGGAAUUUGUGGUGGGAUUAUCGAUACUGUCAAGAGGAACGCUAGAAGAGAAACUGCGUUGGACAUUCUCUUUAUAUGAUAUCAACGGAGACGGGUGUAUUACUAAAGAAGAAAUGACAGAAAUCGUGUCGGCGAUCUACGACCUCAUGGGCAAGAUAGUGGAGCCUCUGGUCGAUGAAGAAGUCGUACGGGAAAAAGUGGAAAGGUUGUUUCAGAAGAUGGAUCUCAAUCGAGACGGCGUCCUCACUUUGGACGAGUUUCUGGACUGCUGUAUAAGGGAUGAAGAAAUCUCUAGAUCGAUGGGUGUGUUCGACAGCAACUUCUGACGGCCUGCAGCCGGCGCGCGCGCCCUCCCGCGCCGUGCUCCGUAACCACACAUCAUGUCAAGAUCUAUUUUAUAAGACUAAGGGUCGAUUCACUUUGCCUUUUUAAUUUUCCACUCGGUUACCUGAGAAAAUUCUAAAUUUUCAAGCAAUGGUGAAAAACGACUUAAAAGCGCUUUCUGACCUAUUCUACUUAUCUGCUUUAUUUCUUUUAGUCUAAAUUCCUCUUUAGAAAGUGUUGAAAGGUCUUAUGCGUUUAGAUAGUACCCACCUUCCAGCGAACAUGGUUUUUUAUAAAAUAAAACUAAGCAUAUACUAUGAGAUAUUCAUUACAAUAGUUAUGGCUAAACUACUUAAUCCAACAGUAAAAUACCAAAGACAAAAUAUGAUUUGUUCAAAAUAUCUCUUUUUCUAAUUUUAAAAAUUACAAUCUUAUCUAUCUUUCUACUUCGUAAUGUUAGAAAUUACUAUGGAGCAAGGUCAUAAAUUAUAGGCCCGUGUGUAAUUUAGUACUUUCACAAUUUUAAAACAGUACCUAGGUAGAUUUCUCUGAAUAUAAGUCCGUUGGUUAUUAGAAAAUUAUCAAUCUGAUAGAUGCCUCUAUCUACGAUUACAAUUACUACAGAUAUACAAUAUCUUUUCAUAUAAUUAACCAUCUUACAUUAGAAUUAGUUCAUCUUCUCUAUAAAAUUGUUUUAAUCAUCGAGUCUGAAAAUGUGUCUAAUUAGGUACUUUCUUCCUUUAAACUUUCCUAGUGCUUCUAUAAAUUUGUAAACUAGAAAUUAGAUUUGGGUCGCUUCCAUUUCCCACUAAUUUUCCUUCUUUUUAACAAGUUCCGGCCAUUUUUUAUAGAUGUUUAGAGUGUAAUAUUUGGUUUAGAGUGUUUAUAGUUAUACCAACGACGGUUUAGAAUUUGUACCUACUAAUAUAAUUUUAGGCAAUUACUCAUCAUUAUAAGGCAUUUUUUUCACAUGAUUUCGCAUUCACAUUUUGGGUACUUAUAUUUUAGAUUUUGUUAGUCUUUCGCUUCUCUAGAACGCCAACGUCUCGUUAAAAGCGGACUAGCGUUCAAAGAGGAAUAUUUGAAACAGAUUGACAUUAUCAAUUAAGGCCUAAAAAGACCUGAAGAAAUAUUUUGUGGAAAUAAAAAUAUGAUAUUAAAAACAACAUAAACAGGUGACGAUGAAACACUGCCAUAAACUAAAAGCGAUGCUUUGAAAUUUCAAAUCUUAGGUAAAAAAAAAAUAGGGGAUUUAUUUCAACAUUUUAAAUUAAUUUCCAUAUUUGUCGUGGCGACAAUAAUUUGAAAUAUCUAUGGAUAUAUAUAAAUAUUUAAACAAUAUUUUUGUUUGUAAAAAAAUAUAUUUUUACAUAGGUACCUACAUACUUCCAAAUGUUAUUUAUUCCCCUUGUCACGUUAUUCAAUCAUAGAUUGAUGUUCAAUAAAACUGAAAUAUUUUCUAAGAUAUCGUACCUGUAAAUAUUAUUGUAUAUAAAAGUUAAAAUAGGUUUUAAAUGUGUAUAUUUUCAUAGUGAAUGUUAAAUGGAACCAAAUAAAUAGAAUGCAUAUUAAAUGACUUAUUCAAAAUUAAGAAGUUAAAAAUCGUGCAAGAUAACAAUAGGUACACGCAGUUUAUGUAUGAUCAUUGUGAUUAAAGGAAGUGAUUUUAAAUUAACUAUAAACUAAUUGUUAAAUUUUAUUAAAACAUGUCACAUUUUUCUUCUUACCAGUACCGUAGAUAGGUACAUAUUUUGGAUACCUAGAAACCUGGUCAUUUUAAUAUUUCUAAUCUUCGUAAAAUAUUUUGUUGUGAAUUUUAAAGCAUCAUUAUUGGUCGAGCUUACAUAGAUAAGAAAUUUAUGUAUGUACUUGUGUCUUCCUAAACAUAUUAUGUUUCUAUUGUUUGUAUUUUAACUGAAGAUGUCCAUAGUAUCCUAUUAAAUUUUUCAGACAGAGAGGCAUGCAUGACAUUUGUUGAUUAUGAAUUUAAUAUGAUUUUUUUGUUCAGAUCUAAUCUAAUCUACUCCCAAUUGUUUGCACGUAUACAACAUUAAUUUUAGAAACUUUAAUUUUAUGUUUAUUAUGUAAACUAUAACAGAUGCCUGAAUGAACAGCUAAUAUAAUUAAAAUGUAGAUAAUUAUUGAAAUAAAGUCUUAUGAAAUUAGAUAAAUUUAGACAAAAAUGGACGUGCUACUACGAAAAUCAUUAUUAGUAAAAAUAAAUAUGAAUAGAAUUUGUGGUAAUCACUCAUUAUUUUCUUAACGUUGAUGAACAAAAUAUUAUUAAUGUUGAAUUAGUCAAUAACCACAGAGAAAAUUAUAUGUAUCGUCUGUCAAGAGUUGAUAAAAAAUAUUAGUGCCAAAACAUAUUUCAGGUAUAAGUAUUUGUUCUUUCUUUCAUCAAAGGCAGAAUUAAUGUCUAAAAAAAUAUGUUCAAGCGAUAAUGCGUAUUAUUUUUGUUCAAAAGGUUCAAUAGGCCUAUUUAGUAAAUUUAUAAUUAUGGAUUUGUCUCAGGGUCUAUGUAUGUAUUAGCAUGAAAUCUACAGGUACUUGAUGUUAGUUAAUUUAGAGUAGAUGGAUUUACCUUAAAUUGCAUUAUUAUAAUGAUGUUUUAUUAUGUUCCUUUAAAUUCUAUACUAUAUAAUGGCAAACUACUAUUUAUGCUAUGCUUUUAUAUUGUAAUUAAGUUGUGAACUUUUGUCCUCCAUCCCAAAACCAUUAUAAAAGCUGAGCAUUGUUUGUUAGUAUCAACCACCAUUCCACAUGAAUAAAGAAACGGUUACUUCACUAAAAUAGUGCGGUGGGAAACCAGAAUCAACCGGAUGAUAUAAGUGGCAAAAGCAAGCAAUUCCCACAGAUUUAUACAUCGGUUUGGUUCAACAUUUGAGUGAGUCUUGAACGUAAGCGACGGUUAUAGGGUAGGUGGUAGGUUAUGCAUUGUGUUAAUCAGCCCAUAUUUGCUCGCGAUAUCAGUGGAAAUGCCCCCCUCCGGUUCGAGUGGACUAGAGGCUUCAGACGGAGAGCAGACUCGCCCCGUGGGGAGAUGCCAUCCGCCUGGAAUACCUUUAGAGGCACUCGCCAAUUAGGAUUUCGCCGUCCUCAAACCCGGUGACGCUGUAAAGGUCAUUUGCAAAAGCAUACACACUUAAAAAAAAGUGGAAAUGAGGUAGCAACCUGACCAGCGAGGUGUGCGAUUUGGAAUACGACAAAACCAGACUUCGUGUAAAUAUGCCCAUUACACCAAUUCGAACAUAUUCAUUCACACAUCCGCACGGGGUUGUGCGAAAGAACCCGUACGGAGUUUAACUCGGAUCUUCUGAUUCUAUAAAUAGUUCGCUAACCUCUGAUACUUAAUUAAAAAAUGAAAAUUCAAGAUGUAAUUGUGCGUUUAUAAAGUACCUCUGUAUAAAACCCAUGGUUAAUUUGUGAUAGUUAU